AAGCGAAGAGAAGAGAAGAGAAGAGGAAGAAGAAACAAACAAAAAAAAAAAAAAAAAAACUGAAGAAUCAAUUUUUCCCACUUUCUUCACCACACACACAUAUAUAUUUAACGCCACCACCCCUCUUGACCCACCCCCCAUAUAUAUUUUUUCAAAACCCAUCUCCUUUUCUUCUCUCAUUCAUUCAUCCGCCACCCUACUUUCUCUCUCUAAAGCCUUUUCUCUGUCCGUCUGUCUCUCUCUCUCUUUCUAGAACCAUUUGCUGAGAGGAUGGUGGUCAAAGACGAGUGGAUGAGAGCGGCGAUGACCGACGACAUGCUCGUCGUGGAGCUUCUGGUGCGGCUCAAGCAGUCGCAGACGGCCGCCUCGUCUUCCUCGUCUCCGUUGUUGGAGUCGAUUCCUCUCAGGUGGGGCAUCCGGCUGCCACGCUCCAAGUCGGCGUCGUCGGCGUCCAGAUUCGACGGCGUCGUUUCGCCGGGGCGCAGACAACCCCGCAGCCCGGGCCCCGCCCCCCCCCCAAGAUCCAGCCCCCCCCCGCCGCUCCCCGGGAGCGGCGGCACCGGCUCCCCCUCCGCCACCGCCGACGGCUUCGAAGAGUCCAGCUGUCCCAGAUCCAAGGGAACUGCUACGUAUGAAUCCACCAGCACCACCACUGCCACCAAGAGGGCAAGGAGAAAGAAGACGUUUGCUGAGCUUAAAGAGGAGGAAAGUUCGUUGUUGAAGGAAAGGACAUAUUUGGAAAAGGAAAUAGCGACCUUACAAGCAACUUUUAAGCAACAAAGAGCCAAAAAUGACAACUUUAAGAGAAUCAAGCUCGACUUGAACAUGCAUCCUGCUAGGAAUUUGAGUGCAAACUUUGAUGGAGCAGGGAAAGCAAUUUCCAGUCAACCCCACGAGAGAACAGCUUCGAGCACUCCCUCAAAUUUGCCUCCACAUCCAGAAGCACAAUCCGAUUCUUACAGUGAACGCGAGGCUGUUUCAACCCGAGACAAUUCUUUCUUGCUGCCUGAUCUAAACAUGGAGCCGUGUGGAGAGGAAUCUGGUUCCGAAACGCUAUACGGGAUGAGCUGAGGAAAGCAUGGGUAAAUGCAUUAUGCUUUCAAUGAAGAAACUGAUUGAUUUGCCAGUAUAACAUAGCACAUUCCAGGAACUAGCUCUUCAUAAGUACUGCAAGUAGAGGUCAGUCGGCGAGUAUCCAGUGAAGUUACAGAUAUAACCUGAUCUGGAUCCGUUUUACCUAAGUUUUGAGGGUUUUUAGUAAAUUGGCAGUCAUAGCCAUUAGGCUGUAGAGGCUUCUGUUUAUGUCACAGCUGUUGCUGCUUUCCUCUGGAAAAUUCUUUGGGGUAAACCCUCGUUACUUUUAAUGUUCAAAUUAUUUAGAUCAUAAAUUUGUAUCAUUCUUUGUAGGUUUUAAAAACCCUAUCUGAAAUCCAAGUUAUAGUUUUCAGUCA